AUGGGGCUCACCCUAGAAGGGAUGACACCCAUCGGCCCUACCGACCUGACAACAGGGGGUGGAGAGACCGAUCAGAUCGUUAUGGCCCACGCCGAGAACGAAACUCCGAGCGACCUUACCCGCAGUCUCAGUCAGCACUUUCUGACGAAGAGAUGGGUACAAAGGCCAAAUCAGACCCUCCCCAGAAGGGUACUGGAUCUAAAGGUGGAUCUAAGGGUGAAUCAAAGUCCUCUGAUCUGACAGAGGAAGAACGCAAACUCCUUAGACAAAUAAUCCGUAGAAUACAGAGAAAAGGAGAUAAGAAAGCAGAUCUCUUCUCUGUCGCUGUCGCCGUCGUCCAGGAUGACACUUCUGAGCCAAACAUGAUGCCUGUCCAGCAGACUGCAGUUCAGGAGGACAUGUGUAUGUCCUUACAGGAGUAGGUGACACCUUCACCAGCUGACACUCCUGUCGAUCUUGAACCUCAGGACAACACAUCACAAGAAACGACAUCUACCAGCGCCGUCUUGGUAGUACAGGCGAACUCCGCAGAGGAGCCAGCCGAAGAAGACUCCUCACUUAUUCGGCUUGAACCACCUUUCCUCCAAUUCUUGUGCAACCUCACUGAGAAAGGCAUCUCACAGAAGUUUUAUGUUAAUACCGUCCUUGAAAAUGAACUUCAACACGAAGCACUCUUAGACACUGCUGCUGACAUCACUCUGAUGUCCUCCACGCUCUUUAACCGCUUGCGCAAUAUGGUGCAGCAGUCCAGCAGGGACAUCAAGCUGCAGCCCUGCGCCAUGGAGAUUCGGCCGUACUCCACAGACAAUACGACCUUAAAAACAAUGACGAUGUUGAACAUCUCCAUUGGACCAAUGAAAAUCAUGCACCCCUUGUAUACCCCUUGA